UAAAAGAGAGAGAAAAGCUGAUGUGUAUAUAGGCGUGAAAAAGGGGAUUAGGAUCGAGUCAAAAACCUCAGCCAUAAGCAAAAACAAGAAGAAGCUCCCAACUUAGACAUUGAAAGCCAAAAAAAAAAAAAUCCUUAGCUACUCUUCCACUUUUCCUUUUCGAUAUUAGCUUUGUGAUUUGAUUUCUCAACAACCAUUCGUCCCGCUCUCUAACAAAAUAUAAGGGAGAGAGCACCAAUUUCACCGUCAAUCUGGCUAUCGAGAAUUUGAGGUUGAGAAAGAAAGCGGUGAUAGUAUCACCGAAUCUGAAUCCGACGGAUCCUCAGGUAGUGUCGGAGAAAAGAGGCUCCGCCUCGGAGUCAGACUGUUCGGUGGGGCUGGAUUGCUUGCUGAGUAUAGUCAGGGCUCUGGGAAUGGGAUCGUGUCUUUCCGGGGACGGCGCUGGCCCCCACGGCGGCGCGGCCAGCGCCCUCCCUUAUGCUUUGGCAGCAGCCGCUGUGGCCGAGUCGGAGGUGGGGGCUAACAAGCGAAGGAAGUCGGCCGCCAAGAUAAUGAAGAGGAACUGCUCAUUUGAUGCCAAGAUGGAGCUGUGGCUGCAUAGAAUUCCCAAGAGGUUGUUUGUGAAUGGUUCGAGCGAGGUUGCUUCUUUGUUUAGUAAGCAGGGGAAGAAGGGGAUCAAUCAGGAUGCUAUGAUUGUUUGGGAGAAUUUUGGUUCAAAGGAAGACACAAUAUUGUGUGGUGUUUUUGAUGGCCAUGGUCCCUUUGGCCAUAUGGUUGCAAAGAAAGUGAGGGAUUCUCUUCCUUUAAAGUUGUGUGCUCAGUUGCAACUAAAUAGUUUCAACAAGGAUGGGCAUCAUGAUAUCAUCAGUAGUGGCUUGGGAAGUCUGACCUCCGAAGAAAGUGCAUUGACAUCAACUGAUGGGGAAGCUGGGAUUCAUAAUCAAAAUCAUACUGAUAUAAAGACAAUGAGAGAGUCAUUUCUGAAAGCAUUUAAGGUUAUGGAUAAGGAACUCAAACUGCAUCCUUCAAUCGAUUGCUAUUGCAGUGGGACAACAGCAGUCACCCUGGUCAAGCAGGGACGAGAUCUUGUUAUUGGAAAUGUUGGGGACUCUAGAGCUGUAUUGGGUACUAGAGAUGAAGAAGAUUUUCUCAUUGCAGUUCAGUUAACUGUAGACCUCAAACCAAAUCUUCCAAAGGAAGCAGAGAGGAUUAGGAAAUGUAAAGGGCGGGUCUUUGCCCUUCAGAAUGAGCCUGAGGUUGCUCGAGUUUGGCUGCCCAACGCUAACUCCCCUGGGCUGGCUAUGGCUCGGGCUUUUGGAGAUUUUUGCCUCAAAGAUUUUGGCUUGAUCUCUGUCCCUGAAAUUUCUUAUCAUCAACUCACCGAGAAGGAUGAAUUUGUAGUCUUGGCUACAGAUGGGCUCUGGGAUGUCCUAUCAAACAAAGAAGUUGUUGAAAUAGUGGCUUCUGCCCCACCAUCUUCUGCGGCUCGAAAACUGGUUGAAUCAGCUAACAGAGCUUGGAAGUUCAAAUUCCCAUAUGCUAAGGUCGAUGACUGUGCUGUAGUUUGCCUAUUCCUCAACUCAAGUUCAAACCAUUACUCUGCUUCCACUCUCAUACCCAAUGACACACAGACAUCAGUGAACCAGUCUGGCAUUAGAAAUAGGAAAGAUUUUUGCAAAUCAGUUGACAUGGACCAUCCUGGUACCCUCUAGAUUGCCUCUUGAUUAUAUGUUUUAAGUUGGAGAGAAGGGAGUUUGUAGGCCCAUGUUGCAACUGCAGCAGCAGCCACCUACCUUUGAGUGGUAUCCUUGGUGCACUUCUCUCUUCAGAAGCCAUGUUGAUUUGAUUGAGCAGGUUUGGAAAACAAGGUCUCAAAAAUAAAGGGGAAGAUAAUUUUUUUAUGAUUCUUUUCUGAAAUAUAAAUUAUUGUCAAUAUUGUUUCCAUUCUUUUUAGGGGUUUUAUUAAGUUUAUUUUCAAGAGGGAGGUUGACGCAGCCUUAUUUUUGUGGCAGUGGUUAUUUUCCCCUAUCCCUCUAUCAAGCAUUGGUGAUUUAGGAGUUUCUGUAAAUCCAAGUUUUGGGGAGCUUUGUAAUUAGUUCUUUGUCAUUCAGGUUAGUGUGAUUUUGGAAAUUUCUUGGUGGCAGUUUCUGCUUUUGUGUUUGGAGGUCGACUUUUUGUUUGUAAUUCUAGGGCCUUCUGCUUUGCUGUAAUAUGUAAAACUAUUAUGUUUGAUCUUGUACUUUGCUUUUGA